CCAUCGCGCCGCCGCCACCCACUCACCAUCUCCAUCACCAUCUCCAUCGGGAUCCUCCCAGAUCCACCUCUCCGCCCCCGAAGCCUCCGACCACUUCCCUCGUUUUCAGCUUCUGGCCAACCACCUCCUCCCAUCGAUCCGACUCAUCAAGCAUGGAAGCCCCGCAGGCAUCCAGCGCGCCCACAAGCCCCUUCUCCCCGAUGCCCAUCGUCCCCGCCAUGGUUUUGGAGCUCACCUCGGUCGCUGAUCCGAGCCGUCCCGGGAAUCGACGUCGCCGGAGUCCCUCCUCACCUACAAGACCACGCCGCCCUACCACCUCGUCUCCUUGUCCGACGCGACUCCUGCCUCCUCUGCUUCACCCUGCGUCGAACGACAAGCUGCAACCGUCGUCCCAAGGUCCAGGCCGUCGUCGCCUGCCCAAGCUCCUCCACCCCCUGCAGACUCGUCUCCGACCGUGCCAGCGACCAGUGGCCGCUCGCCGGAGCACACCGAACCAGCAACUGCUCGCCCUAGUCUUCCUCGACCUCCACGGCCUCCUCCCCGUCCCGUUCGUUCGCACCGCUGCCGUCACGCCAAGGCCGGCGUCCCUCUGUUCGUCUCGAGCUCAAGCCCCAUCUCUGUUGCCUCUUGCUUCGUCUGAACCGCGCCCCCACCAUUGCCUCUACUCAUGCCCGAGCGCACGUCGCGCCGUCUCCUGCCUCCUCAUCCACGUACCCCCAGCAGCCUCACCUCCGACCGCGCAGGCAACAGCUGCAGCCAUGGACUGGUAGCACGUUUCCCUACUCGGAGACCCGAUCCGCACCUCCCCUAGUAGGAUCUGGACCCAGGCGCCUCCUCGCGCCAUCCCGUUGUGCCCCACGCUCGCCGGAGUCCUCAGCGCUGCCGCGCCUGCUUCCUGUCGAGCAGAGGAGGACGGCGCCUCUGUCUCGAGCCGUUCGAGCGCACGCCGCGCCUGUUGACCGCUCGGUGAACCGCGCCUGGGCCUGUCUCGCGCGCCAGACCCAGCUCCUCUUGGCCAGAUCCAGCGGGCCUUGGCCCAUGGUGGUUUGCCCUGCGCCCCUCUUUUUUUUCCCUUCCUUGUUGGGCUUCUUGUUCAGUUCCGGCCCGAGUGCCUGUUUUUUUUCCUGAACGAUUUUGCUAAUUAUCAGAGAACUGCUAGUUUUACAAAGAACCCCCUAGACUUCAUGCAUACUUUAACUCACAAACUAAGCAUCACAUGUAAAAACUUAAUAUAUGAAACUUGCUUAGAUUUUCGUGUAGAUUAAUAAUUUGCC